ACAGAGGUUGUCCAGACUUUGAAUUGCGUUGGCAUUAUUCGAGGACGUACCAUUCGGUUCGAAGACAAGAGAUCCCCAGACACUUUACACGAAGACUGUAGACGCGGAGCUUCACAAAGGAUCUCUUUAGAGAUACCUAACUACCUUACCUACGCCAUCAAGUAACAAGUAAGGAGAACUGAUCUCAGACUCUCCGUGCCCACACUCCCUUCUCUUGUUGGUUCUCCGCUGCCUUUGACCUCGACACCCUCUGCCUGCUCGACGCUAUCCCAUUUUCAUCAUCUCACAUUCUUUUCAUACUCCCCUCCACUUCGUCUUACCAUUUCUCCUACGUAUCCUCACUCACUUAGACCGUCUCUCCAAUCAACUUUGACCUAGCUGGGCACACGCUCGCAUUCCUAUCCUUAACACCAACCCAUACUGCCAACCCUUACGUUGUUCAACUCAUCAUCCCUCCCACACUUUCCCUAGUGACCGCACCAACAACCAACACGCAAUAGCCUAGUUGUUACUCCUGUUCGUUUGACCUACAACCUCUCUACCAACGUCCAGCGACGUUUGUGCCACAUGUAUCUGCGGUGAAGAUCACACAGCCUUUGCACCAUGGCCGAGGCCACGAUCCAUCCACUUCCACCUACUCCUCCCGCUCCAAUCUACUCGCCUCCGUUGAGGACCGACAGCCCUCGCAUUGUCGAACCCCGACCUGAGCAAGACGCCUAUAGGCCUCCCUCUACAUCCUCCCGCGAUCACUAUGCUAUGAAUCGUCCACUACAAUCCCCCGAGGCCGCCGUGCCCAGGAUCCCAGACCCUGCAGCCCCGAACAGGACUCUCACACCCCAGUCUGUCACUCUUCCAGAUCCUCAGAGACUAUCACCUACACCCGGGGCUAUGCGGGGACGACCUGUUAGCGGACAGCUACACGCCAAUGUCACCCCCGACCACAGGAGAGUGGCUUCGGAGAACAUUACCCCAAGAGAAGACAUAGAGUUGACUCCCUAUCAGCGAUCCAUGAGACAUGUCUCAACCUCCGCCCUAGAACCUGAGGGACCCUCGGACAAUUUUGAGCCAUUGCGCUAUCAUCAUAUGGCCUUAGACGAGGCUGAACUCAGCAAACGGGCCUCGAGGUUAACCGUUGGUACCGACGGCUCCGGCCGCGUCGACAGUCCCCACCAGAACACAUACGGCCAGCAUAUUCCACGUCCAACUUCCUCCUACUCGAAUGCCUCUGACGCCCGCGGCCGCACUCAUUCUCCCCAUCAGGCUUCGCCGGGCCGACCAGUUUCACGUCUGUCCAGAUCGCCAGAUACACGACCUAUCUCAUAUGUGGAUCUACUCAAUGUUCCCUACCCACAGCCCGCCCCAAGCGGCGCGGAAAACUUGGUGAACUCGGGCUUACGGACCGUCAUUGGCAACAAUGCCUCGUUAAUGUCCACCAGGAAAACCCUCGACAUGUAUCGAGCCAACGUGAAGAAGACUAGUGAUCCGGCGGUUCAGUAUGAAUUUGCCCUCUUCAUGAUCAGCGCCGCACAGGAGGAAGGGCUCGACGCGGAUGGGGCAUCUGAUUCCGCCCUGUCCGACAGAUCGCAGACGGCAGUCCGGGAGGACCUUCUCAAGGAAGCGAAACACAUCUUGCAGAAGCUGUCGGACCGAUCAUAUCCCUUUGCUCAGUAUUACCUCGCCGAUGGCUACGCCUCAGGUCUCUUCAACAAGGGCCGGGAAGACUGGGAUCGGGCCUUUCCUCUCUUCUUGGCUGCCUCUAAACACGGUCACGCAGAGGCAGGCUACCGCACCGCCCUGUGUUACGAGUUCGGUUGGGGAUGCCGUGUUGAUGCUGCCAAGGCAGUUCAGUUCUACCAACACGCUGCCAGCAAAAAUCACCCCGGAGCCAUGCUGCGGCUAGGACGAGGCUGUCUGACUGGUGACAUGGGCCUCACGAAGCGGUAUCGUGAAGGGCUUCGUUGGCUCAAAAGGGCCUCGGAAUCGGCCGACUUUCAAUAUAAUCAGGCCCCUUAUGACCUGGCCUGCUUGCACGAGACUGGUUUUGGCCCGGACGUGUUCAAGGAUGAAACUUAUGCGGCUCAACUAUACACCAAAGCUGCUGACCUGGGCCACGUCGAGGCCAACUAUCGCUUAGGUGAGGCAUACGAGUACGGCCACCUAGGAUGCCCCAAGGAUGCCGCACUCAGCAUCCAUUUCUACACCGGGGCUGCCGAGCGUGGCCACGCACCUUCGCAGAUGGCUUUGUGCGCGUGGUACAUGAUCGGGGUGCCAGGACUUCUAGAAAAGGAUGAGACCGAAGCCUACGAAUGGGCGAACCGAGCCGCACAGCAGGGUCUGGCUAAGGCACAAUACACACUUGGCUACUUCACGGAGAUGGGCAUAGGAUGCCGUCGAGAUCCUCUUGAAGCCAAUGUCAUGUAUGUGGCCGCGGCAGAUCAGGGCGAGGAAAGAGCAAAACAUCGAAUUGCUGCAAUUCGUGCUGCAUCAGUUGGAGCGGACCCUCUGACGGCUGCUGCGCACAGAGGUGCAUUAACCGAUAGCAGAACCGGCGGCAAUAUUGGACCUCAGGAAAGUGAGAAAAAGAAAAAGUUUGGGAUUUUUUGAGACGAUCAUGUUAGCGAAGCAUUGUGCAUUCACCGGCGUUGGCCUAUAGACGAUACAGGUCGGGAGUCGUUGUCUUCGACACCCGAUUGUCUUGUCGAUGACUUGUCGAAACAACAUCCCCCAGUCGUGGUCCAUGGUGAAACGACUUGGAUGUGGCCGUGUUGACAGUGGAAUCUCGAAUGAGCAAGGGGGUAAUUUGCAUUGCGAUAGCAUCAGGGACAUCUUGACGAAAGCAUGUCACGGCGGAACAAGACUUUGGGAGGAUUCACGACAGCGACGAAGUUGGUUAAAGUUACCAGUGUUCUACUUAUUGAGGUGCAGAUGUUGGAUGGCGCUAGGAUUGCUUUGGAUAUCUUGGUAGAGCUUUGAUCCGGACAAGAGGCGGAGUCGAUCCACGAGACAACUUCAAUAAUUGACCUGAGUAGCAUCAUGUCGAACCAUGAGCGAACACACCAUGAGGUUGAGGCCGUGCUACAGGUUCAGCAGCUGAGAGGGAAAAUCAGACAGACGCAUUCUGUUGCCUACCUUGAACUCCAGUGGCACACGUGAUAGUGAUGGUGAUGUGUGCGUGUGCCUGCCGUUUAUACAAAACCAAUCAUUAUCAUUGUGCAAGUGCAAGCAUUGUAUGGCCCCUUGGACCUUCCUCUUUACAUGCAAGGAAAAUUCCUCAUCUC